CCCAUUAGAGUCCUUGCGUUUAGAAAAAGAGAGAGAGAUUCGUCGUACCUUAUCGUGAAAAUGGGUAGCAGAGCGAUUAUGCUUCUCCGAGCUAAUCCGCAGUUGUUCAGCUUCAGGAGCAGCGGUUUUCCGAAAGCAUUUCAAUCGAAAAAGCGGUUUUAUGCGGCGAAGUAUAGCCUCGACCCGCCGGAUGUUCCGAGUUUGGCUGAGAAAGCUCGGAUUUCUCUCACCCCGAAACAAGUCGAGGAAUUUGCUCCCAAAAUUCGGCAAGUGGUAGACUGGUUUGGGCAGCUUCAGGCUGUGGACCUUCAGAGCAUCGAACCAGCCCUGAGAGCAGAAACCGAAGGUGACAAUUUGCGUGAUGAUGUUCCUCAAGUAUUUGAUAAUAGGGAUGCUAUAAUAGGGACCAAACUGCAAAUAAAGAAGUUAGUUAAGAUAGCAGUUGCGAGCUGUUGGUUAAGAAUUAAGAUAGGCUUUGGAGUUCAAACGACCGAAGGAGGUUGUGAGCUGAUUCGGUUUUAUCUCAUGCCCAGCCUAGAUAUAAAGGGGGCGACUCAUCUACUCUACAUGAUCAAGAAGACACUCUCUGUGUGAGACGCAUUUUCAUUUUUCUAGCUGAGAUUGUUGAGAGCAUUAUAUGUGAACUUGAGUGUUGGUUCCUGAUUGUUCGGUGAGCUUAAAUAUCAUUAGGAUUGAGUUGGAAAA